UGGCAUGCCAUCCAAGUUAUAUUGCAUAAAUGAACCACAUAUUUUAUCAGUUCUGUUAAGUUAAUAGAAAAGACCAAAUAAGGCCAGAUUUCUGCAUGUUUUCUGCUUUUUCCAGAUGUCAAUCUAUCCUGUUGCCUCUACAAUUUCAUAUGACCUGGGAUUUGGACUCAAUGUGUUUCUCAUGGAUCCCCAAUAUAGAAACAUCUGUGGGUGGUGGGCGGAGGAUGGAAAAUAAAUAUCUGGACACGAGCCAAAAUAACAAGGAUUUAGAGAGCAUUGCAAGCCCGUACUCAGAAUAAGAUGACGAUAAGCAGAGCGAACAUGAAUUCUUCCAGUCCCUGUCAGAUAUUAAAGUCAGCGUUCCCACACAUUCAAUCAAGCGCUGUAUGAGACUGGUAUGCAGUUAAACAUAGCUUGAAAAAAACAUUGACUGCCUUGUAAACAGUGCGAAGUUGCAUAAUUCGUGAGAAAUAAGCAAGCAAAUUGAAUGUGGUCCUGGCUGAUACAAGGGGCUACUCGGAGGAUGAAAAUCAAGUCAUGGGCGGCAGACUCGACCACGUACACACCACUGGUAUUUCACCACAGUGCAAUUUAUCAGCUGCUACUUUUGAGUUUGCCAAAUAUCUUUGACAAGAGCACCACUUGGGUUUGUAGAUAAGGAAGGCGAUGGCAUUGGAUGCUGGAUUCUCAGGAUGAUGCCUUUACUUGCAGCCCUCACUGUUAAGGGUCACGUUCAAUUCGCAAUUCAGCCACCACUUCGAUUAUCAGAGCGCUUCCGAGCUCUCUGCAAGUUCAGCCGAAUAAACGCUUCAAAGAGGAACGGUGCCGACGAAAUUUUAAUAGUUACACCUGCAACGGUUGAGUAAUUUCAACUCUACCGAAAAAUGUAGGAGCCGCUGGAAUGGGAAACGCUAUAAUGUCCGUGGUCUCUUUUUUUCCGUCCAAAUCGUGCCAGCAUUACCUGCUGGGAGGUGAUAUCGAGGACCUGCCUCCGGAUAAAAUGAUGGAUUUGAGUGGGAAACAUCUGAGGAAGUUUCCCCUGCAGGUUUGUGCCUUUACUGAACUUAUUAAGCUGUACCUGAGCAAUAACAAUCUGAGGAGCCUUCCUCCCGAGCUUCACCUGCUCAGCUGCCUGCAGAUUUUAGCUCUGGAUUUCAAUCAUUUCAAGGAAGUGCCCCAGGUAAUCAGUCGCCUCCGCCAGCUCUCCUGUCUCUACCUGGGCAAUAACUAUCUGUGCGACCUGCCGGCUGAGUUGAGCUCGCUGCCUGACCUGAAAACGCUGUGGAUCGAGGGCAACUGUUUUGAACAGAUCCCCAGAGUGGUUUCCGAUAUGAAGCAUCUCAGGAUCCUACACGCAGAGUGUAACCAACUCAGCGAGCUGCCCAGAGAGCUCUGGCGCCUCCGUGAACUGCAAAACAUCUGGCUUUCAAGCAACUCCUUCUGUGAGUUUCCCCACGUAUUGCUGGAGAUCGACAGCUUGGAGAUCAUAGACGUGGACCGUAACUCGAUCAGGUUCUUCCCCAGCAUGGUCCACAUGAAGAACCUGAAGCUGGUGAUAUAUGACCGCAAUCCCUGCAAGAGUGGCCCCAGUGUGGGCGAGGACGUCCGCAGAGUGGGGCGGUGGGCAGACUUUCGCCCCGAGGCCACCGACGAAUUAUUGCCGGGGAAACUGAGCGAGCAAGUGGAUGGGGCCGAGCACAUUGAAACAACAGAACACAAUGAACUCAACGAGGAUUCUGGUUCGGUGCGCGAAUGAAACAACUUGAUCCCACCAGACGUCCACAAAAGGCAAUUUGCAGGCUUCCGAUUUUAUUAUAAUUAUGCAAUCCGUGUAGAGAUGAUAAAUACCGCCGCACUCCUGACAAAGCUUUAAGGUGCAUGGGGCAACAUUUAAAGGAGAUGAGCGGGUCACGUUUUAUUUUACAGAUAGUGCUGGGCACCUGGAAUGCGCUGCCAAGGGAGGCAGCUACAUAGUGGCGUUUAAGAAGCUUUUAGAUGGGCACGUGGAUAGGCAGGGAUGGAUGAUUAUCGAUCAUGUGCAAGCAGGUGGGAUUAGUUUAUCUUGGCCUCAUGUUGGUCACAGAUAUUGUGGGCCGAAGGGCGUAUUCCUGUACUGUACUAUGUUCCUCUCACGAUGUUUACCACACGAUACUUGCUUGCAUGGGAAGGACGGUUAUCAUCGAUGUACUAAGCGAGAAGCUGGAAAACCAUACGGAUGAAAGCAAUAAGAAAUGUAAAAUGGAAGGAAUCAAGAGUAAUGUUUAUAGGGUGAUGUGAAAGUGAGCAUUAAAUACCAGCCCGGA